GCUGAUGACGUGGUACGUUAAGCGUGGGCAAGAUGGCGGCGCCCGCAAAAGAUCACAAUAAUAUUAAUAACACUGAUGUUUGUAUGCCCGGGUUAUUAAAUGAGAGUUAUUCUGAUACUAAACAUGCAUCAUAUGACGGAAUCUGGACGGAUUAUGUGGGUGAAGUGGUGGAGAGAGAAAUUGGUGGGGAUCUAAAAUCACUGAGAAAAGUCAAAGGGCUUCUUGAGAAACUGACAGCAGAGAACAAAGUGUUAGAGGAGCAGGUGGAGACUGUAUCAAGCUCAGUACCUUUGCGUGUAUCAGCUGCACUUGCUGAUGCGGAGGAGUCCUGGUCCAAACUGGAGACUUUACUUCAGAGAGAGAGAGUCCUGUCCAACACGCUGCAGCAGCAUCUCCAGGGAGCACAGAGCUGGGCUGACAGCCUCGGACAAACUCUUGGAGAGCUAGACACACUGGAAAGACACAUGAAAUACCUCCAGUGCUUGUCCAGGAUUGAAGAGCUCAGUGACAGCAUUCAGCAAUUCCUGAUGACUAACAGUGUCUGGGAGGCAAUUGGUGAAGUAGGCAACAUGGCCACUCUGGACAUGAGUCUUAAAGAUUCAGGCUGCACCCACCUCCAAGCAUUCCUCAGAGAAACAUUGCACUUCUGGCAUAAGAUCCUAAAAGACAAGCUCUCAAGUGAUUUUGAGGAGGUGCUGACGCAGCUGCACUGGCCAAUAGUGUCUCCUCCGACACAGUCUCUCUCUCCGCUGCCCAACGCUCAGGAGCUCAGCAGCCAAUUGGAACUGCUCGUUUCUCAGCUCAUCUCCCUGCAGACGUCCGAUGACCUAAUAUCAGAGACGAAGGAGGUGCCCAUCCGCCCCGGCCAGCCUCAGGCCCCACCGCUCUCACUUCCUGUUCAGAUCAUGCUGCAGCCUCUCAGUAAGAGGUUCAGGUAUCACUUCACUGGGAACCGGCAGACCAACUCGCUAAGCAAGCCAGAGUGGUAUCUGACUCAGGUCCUCAUGUGGAUGGGCCACAAUUCCAGCUUCAUGGAGGAGAAGAUUCAGCCCAUUUUUGACCGUGGAAGUGCCAAAGUCAAUGCAAAGGUAGAGCUGUGCAGAGGGCUCCUUACUCUGGUGCUUGACAAACUGGCUCAGGAUGCCCAACGGCUACUCUAUGACGAUGCUCUCUUCUGCCACCUGGUGGAUGAGGUGCUGCAGUUUGAGAAGGAGCUGCGCUCUACACACUCCUACCCCAGCAAGUACCCUGGAGCCCUGCACAUACUGCUGGAGGAGAACGUCUUUCAGAAGUGGCUCAGUGUGGAGAGAAAGAUGGCACUGGAGAAGGUGGAUGCCAUGUUGUCUGCAGAGGGGGCCUGGAGCUCUCAAUACAAAGACAUCUCCGAUAUGGAUGAGCUGAAAGCACCAGACUGUGCAGAGACUUUUAUGACUUUACUUCUGGUCAUCACAGAUCGAUAUCGCUCCCUGCCAUGCCCUCGAGCUCAGCUCAGUUUCCUGGCUCUACAAAGAGAGCUGGUGGAUGAUUUCCGCAUCCGUCUCACUCAAGUGAUGAAGGAAGAGUCCCGGCAGCCACUGGGCACUCGUUAUUGUGCCAUCCUGAAUUCUGCCAACUACAUAUCUACAGUUCUCAGUGACUGGAGUGACAAUGUGUUCUUCCUGCAGUUGCAGCAGGUAGCCGUGUCAGUCGGGGAUGAGGUGUUGGGGCCUCUCGGAGCUACAGAGAGUGGACGUCUGGCCUCCCUGGAGGGCUCCCUGUUUGAAGAACUGCUCUCACUACUUGAAAGACUGAAAGGAGACAUGUUGGGCCGUCUGCUGGAUGCAGUUAUGAGAGAUGUGAAGGAAAAAGCUCAGCCUUACUGCAGGGACAGGUGGAUCUCUUUGCCGUCACAAUGUGACCAGACUAUCAUGUCAUUGUCCAGCUCUGCGUGUCCCAUGCUGCUGUGCCUAAGGGAUCACCUGCUCCAGCUGCAGCAGCUGCUGUGCCUGCCUCUGUUCCAGAUGUUCUGGCAGGGCCUGGCAGAGAGGCUUGACCUCUUCCUCUAUCAGGAUGUGAUCCUGUACAACCACUUUAAUGAAGGUGGUGCUGCACAGCUCCAGUUUGACAUGACCAGAAACUUGUUUCCAUUGUUUGGGCACUACUGCAAAAGACCUGAGAAUUUCUUUAAACAUGUGAAAGAGGCCUGCAUUAUCCUGAAUCUAAAGGUCGGACCGGCUCUGUUGCUGUGUGACGUGCUGAAGCAGGAGGAGGAACCAGGAGAGGGAGAGGACUCCCUGAGACACCAGCAACCCACACCUGAGUCAGCGCUGAAUGAGUUGGGGGUGUAUAAACUGGCCCCAAAAGAUGCGCAGAUCCUCCUGAAUCUGCGAUCUGCCUGGCUCAACCACUGAGGGAUGAAUUCUGACUAAAUCAACAUCACUGGCCCUUCAACAUAGAAACACACAGCUGGGCAAACAACAGUCUUACAUGCUUGCUAAAUCUGAUCUAAAGAAAUGAAGCGCUUCUAAUAUAAAUGGGGUAGCAAUGACAAAAUUCUCAACCCUGAUGUAUCUUUAUACCCAGUCUAAAUAUUAGAAGGUCUGAAUAUGUUGAGAUUGCUGUUUUAAGCGAUCCUAUUAAUCUGUAAUUUGUAUAGCUAUGUAAUGAAUCUGCAUUUGAAACUCUAAUAAAUUCACAGUGGAUGUGA